CGGGGCGGGGCAGACCUCGAGGGGCGGGUCCGUGUAGGCCUCGGAGCCUCCCGCCCAGCCUGGGGGAGAGGUCACAGCAGGAGCCUGCCACCGCCUGGGCCGCCGCCACCGCUCUCGCCGCCAGGUCUGAGUGCCGACGCUGCAGCCAUGGCCUAUUGCUGGCAGGAAGGGAAGGAUCGAAUCAUAUUUGUGACCAAAGAAGACCAUGAAACUCCAAGCAAUGCAGAGCUGGUGGCUGAUGACCCCAACGAUCCGUACGAGGAGCAUGGAUUGAUCCUGCCAAAUGGAGACAUUAACUGGAACUGCCGGUGCCUUGGGGGAAUGGCCAGUGGCCCCUGUGGGGAACAGUUCAAGUCGGCCUUUUCCUGCUUCCACCAUAGCACAGAGGAUGUUAAGGGGUCAGACUGUGUAGACCAGUUCCUGGCCAUGCAGGAAUGCAUGCAGAAAUACCCGGACCUGUAUCCCCAGGAGGAUGAGGACGAGAAGGAGGAGGAGGAGGAGGAGGAGGAGGAGGAGAAGCCAGCAGAAUGUUUAGAAGAGACAGCUCCUACUGAAGCCACUGCAACCAAAGAAAAGGAGAGGUCAAGCUAAUGAAGACCAUAAGGCACUGGGCUCCAGUCCUUCUCCUUCAGAGUAAUAUGAACCUUUUGUAAGAUGCCUUUUGGUCAUUCUCCGAGAAAGUGUCUUUCCCUCUGUUGUUCUGUGCACUAUAAUGUACAAAAUAACUUAUUUUGAUGAUCAGGGGUCUUGGUCCUUUGACAUACACACUGGAAAAAAUGUAUGUGUGCCUCACAUAAACCUAUCAGCAAAUGUAGCUGUCACUUUUGAAUUCUCAGAUUAUCCUGAAUUUUUCCUCUUUGAAAUAAUGUACUGACUAUGCUCAGCAACUAAAAAUCAUUAUCUGGGA